AUGGUGGUGGAUGGCAUGGCAAUGCAGAGAGGGAGUAUUUAAUUUGAAAUUUCAGAUCUUCAGAAUAAUUGAGAAAAUUAUAUAAUAUUCCAUACAAGUUUCAUAUUUAUAAGGACUCUAGGAUCCUUCAAGAAUCAAAAUUGGAAAAGUUGUACCUAAUUGGAAGUUGUCUAAUCCUAGAUGAGUUAGGAUUCUUACUUAAAAUCGAAAUUGAAAAAAUCAUCCCUAAUUGAAAGUUGUCCAAUCCUAGAUGAGUUAAGAUUCCUAAUUCUAAACAGAGAGGUUGAACGGGGUACUUAUAAAAGGGAUUCUCAUGUGUUUGAAGAGCACCAAUCUUCUAUUGUUUUAAUUCGCAGUUUUCAUAAUUCAGCAGAGCAGACGAAAUUGACGAUGUCUUCUAACAAGAUGAUCAUAUUGAGGAGUUCCGACGGGGAGAUAUUCGAGGUGGAAGAGGCGGUGGCUCUUGAGAUGCAAAUGAUCAAGUACAUGAUUGACGAUGAAUGUGUGGACACUACAAUUCCCAUCACCAACGUGACUGGCAAGAUCUUAGCUAAGGUUAUAGAGUAUUGCAAAUCACAUGCCGAAGCCGCAAAGACUAGCCAGGAUGAUCUUAAGGACUUUGAUGCUAAUUUCAUCAAAGUUGACCAUAAUACACUAUUGGAUCUCAUAAUGGCCGCUAAUUUCCUUAACAUUAAUAGCUUGCUUGAUCUUACCUGUCAAGCUGCUGCAAAUCUGAUCGAGAAGAAGACAGUGGAGGAGGUCCGCAAAAUUUUCAACAUUCAAAAUGACUUCACACCUAAGGAAGAAGAAGAAAUCCGUAAAGAGAAUGCUUGGGCAUUUGAAUAAAAUUCAUAUAUAUUUUUUAGAUGCUAG